ACAUCAGAAGCAUUUUUGCAUGCUGUCGCAGAUGAGAAUCAGCUGAAACAGUCGAAUGACUCACUGCUUGUCUUCUCACUGAUUUACCUAAUCUUGAACGUCCUACUUAUAAGAACAGCAGACAUGAUCUUCAGGAUAAUUUAUUCAGCAAUUUUCAUCAGAAAAUAUUUCAAGUCCUCUCAGGACUUGUCGUUCUCCUUCAGAGCUUGCUUGCCCGGUGGCUCCCUACUUCUGCUGGUCUCAGGUGUAGCCACUUUCAUCCUCCAAAGAGUAUAUCUUAACAAAGAUAACUUCUGGUCCACCUUUACAGUCCACAUGUCCUUUGGGUUGGCAUGUUUCAGUGUAGCAGCUUUUGUGAUAUAUCAGAAAGAGAAGCCCUUCAUUAACAAAAUCCUACGUUUUCGUGAACAUGCUGAU